AUGCCUGUGCGGCCUUGGGCUUUCGAUCCUGUCCUCACCCCACCUCAUCAGGACGCCCCCGCCCCCAACACCCGCCACCCAGCCCCGCUCGGUGCAGCAUGCGAUCAAAAGACAAAAACUGAGCAAAAUCAACGGGUGCGACAAAGAGAAACCUCGUCCCUUCUCGCGACCGAUAGCUCCGAAGAUUGGGGAACUGGUCCAGUGCGAUACAACAAACUAGGUGAAGCAGAGGAUGUUGUUGGCGGCGGCGGCGGCGGCGGCGGUGGAGGAGGAGGAGGUAAUGGUGGUGGUGGUGGUGGAGGAGGAGGAGGAGGAGGAGGUAAUGGCGGUGGUGGGGGUGUUGGCGCUGCAACCAAGGACACUCUUAAAGCUGAAGUGAGUUUGCAGGAACUAGUGUUUGCAGGGGUCCGACAACGCGACCCACAGAAGGGAGGGGCCUGCCGGCCGAACAGACUUUGUUUUGCUCGAGUCAUGGGGGUAGGGGGUGAGGUUGGAGGUGGAGGGGGUGAUAAUAAUUGGGCGGAGAGCUUGGUGCAUGCAGCAACAUGGGGCGGAGCAGGGGCUGCAAGGGGAGGCCAGAAGAGAGGGGGAGGGAGGGCAGACGUUGAUCGAGGAGACUACUGCACAACACAAAUAUGGUGUUCGUUACAGCAGCGCUGA